UAUGUACUUCAACAUCCCUCCCUCGAAUGAUCUUUGGACUUGCUUUGGUUUGGGCAUCAGUGAAGCUCUCCAGGUUCCAGUGUGUCCUUGAAAAGGAGUAUUUCUGCUCUUCCAUUCCAAAUGGUUUUCCAGAAGGGCUGGCUUCUAUUCUGUUUGUUGUAACCAACCUUGAGGUUAUCAAUUCCACCAUCUUCAGUAGCCCAAGCUUGGCAUCAGUGGCCAGCCUUGCUCUAGCAAACAGCGGCAUCACGAAAAUUGAACCUGGAGCUUUCCAUGCUUUCCAAAGCCUCAGCAAGCUCAGCUUAUAUCAGAACAGUCUGACAGCUGUGACGGCCUCCUGGCUUUCCAACCCGGGGCGCUUAGAAAACCUUACAGCGGCCCAGAACCUCAUUGCCAAAAUAGGACCAGCCAGCUUUUCUGGGUUUUCCAACCUUACGACGCUGAACUUAGCAAACAAUCGAAUCCAUCAGAUUGCUAGCGGGAGCUUUAAGGACUUGCCCAAGUUAACACUGCUUGAUUUAUCUGGCAAUAAUUUAACAUCUUUAACAAGAAAUGUGUUCAGUGGCCUGAUGCCCCCUGUGAUGAAACUUGGUGGCAAUCCAUGGAAUUGCUCCUGUGAAAUUCAGGAUUUUGGAUUAUUUCUUCAAGAGCUGAUUAAUGCGUCGCUGCUUGAAGAUGCUGCCUCUGUUGUUUGCCGCAGUCCACCAAGCCUAGACAGGGUUCCUGUCUGGAACAUCUCUGACCUGAACUGCACGCCAGCCUUCUACUCGUCAGCAUACGGGAGCACCUUCCAUACAGUAGGAUUGCCGGCUUUGCUGGCUUGUUUAGGUACGUUGGCGUUUGGCGCGUUGCUGCUCCUGUUUUCCGUGGGAGCUGCGCAGCUCUGUCCUCCUGGGUGUCAUUCCUGCUCAGUCGGUGCAGUAGAAUGUGAGCAAGUCUCAUCGCUCUCGGACGAACGAGAAGUAGCCCUGGCUAUCCUUGGCCUGCAUCAUGACGCCGAGAAGUCAACGUCAGAAGACAUCUGGCAGUCUAGCUCUUGGUCAGCCCUUUGUCCUCCCUGCAGGAUUCUUCAUCGUGAGCAGAGUGAAGGUGAGACCGAGUCCACUUAUGAAUAUCCUUCUCCUCGGGCCAGCACGACACAGCUUGAUACGGUGUUUCCGCUGACCAAAAAGACCACCACACAAUUGAUUCUAAAGGAUUGGGACGGGAGACUGGGAGUCAUGGAGACCCUAGAAACGAAGAUGAUGGUUGACCACAGAGUGAGUGUGCACCCUCCAAGGUGUAUGAGCAUCAGAGGCUUGAGUGAAGAAAUACUGGAUGCAAAAAUGCCCUUGCAGGCUCUCACCACUGGUGACGAUGGUGUUGGCUCAUCUUCCAAUGCAUCAUCCAAUGCAACUGGUCUGAAUUCCUGCUAUGAUGCUCCUAUCGGCCCUCUGUUCAGAAUAGAUGAGAAUCUGUUGCUGCUGGAGCUUUCCGCGUCUGACAGGAGCUACAGUGAAGUGAUUUAUCCAGGUGUUCAGGGGGAUGGAUAUGAAGAGGUUGCAACCAUCACAUCAACCUGCCCUUUGGUUCAGAAAAUGCUCCAGAUCGAUUUUCCUCUUCUAGCUGAAGAGGAAAAUGCAAGCUGGUCAGGUGAGCGUAAGGAGGCUGGGCCAGCGGCCAAGCUGGUCAAAGAGAGGAGUGUGUGGUUGACCCAAGAAAGCUCUUCAGGAAGCGUUGGGGAAAAGGUUGCUUAA